AUGGAAUUCAGCGACCACAAAGCGGGGGUCUCUGUGAACCAGCAGCUACCGCGGGAGAGUCGGAAGAGCCAACGUCGCCACAAACCAGCGCAGAUUCAAAAAAUGCAAAAGUUGUUCGAGACUAGUGCCUACCCGGAUGAGGUCCAGAGCGCUCAGCUUGCUCGUGAUCUUGUCCUCGAUACCAAGCAGAUCAGGUCCUGGUUCCAGAACCACUAUACAAAGAUGAAGAUUGAGUACAGUAGAGCGAAGAACCUCUUGCUCGGCAAGGAGAAAAUGAGGAUCCUGUCUGAGAACAUGGUCAUGCGAGAGGCGCUCAAGAACUUCGUGUGCCUCAACGCCAACUACACCACCAAAGAAUACUUCGACCAACAAGAGGAGAUCAAUAGGUAG